AUGUCUAAUGCUAAAUCUGUGAAUGUGCCUCUUGCUUCUCAUUUUGUGUUAAGUAAGGAUCAAUCUCCCAAUACUGAAAAUGAAAUAAAUGAUAUGAAGAAGGUGCCAUAUUCGAAUGCUAUAGGAUCUAUCAUGUAUCUCAUGGUUAGUACUAGGCCUGACAUUGCAUAUGCGGUUAGUUGCUUGAGUAGAUAUAUGUCAAACCCUGGUAUGUCUCAUUGGAAUGUCUUGAAGUGGCUUUUAAGAUAUUUGAAAUCCUCUGUGGAUGUAGGAUUAACCUUCUCUAAGUGUUCUGAAGGUGUCAAACUUGCUGGCUAUGUAGAUUCCAAUUAUGCAAAUGAUAGGGAUAAUAGAAAAUCUACCACUUCCUAUGUGUUUACUUUGUGUGGCUCUUGCAUAAGUUGGAAAUCCCAAUUACAACCCAUUGUUGCUUUAUCUACUACUGAAUCUGAGUAUGUUGCUGCCACUGAAGCUUUUAAAGAAGCUAUUUGGCUUAGGGGCCUUAUAUCUGAAAUUGGUUUUCUUGAUAAAAAUGUGGUUGUAUUUUCUGAUAGUCAAUCUGCUAUUCAACUUUGCAAAAAUCCUGUUUUUCAUGAUAGAACUAAACAUAUUGAUGUUAGAUUUCAUUACAUUCGGGAUAUAGUUGAAAAGGGUAUUGUCAAGUUAGAGAAAAUUCCCUCAGAAUUUAAUCCUGCUGACAUGGACGCUCGAGCGCCGCCGCCUCCACGCGAGGCCGGCCGGCGAUGCUGCUCCGGCGGCUCGCCGCCCGCUUCCUUCGAUCCUCCACCUCGACCUCUCCAGUCCUCUCAGAUCCUUCUAUCCGGCCUCGCCGACCCCGAUCUCUCCGUCAUCGCCUCCGGAUUCCCCGCCGUCACCUCCCUCAACCUGCACAACUGUAAAGGAGUUACUGAUGCUGGAUUGGUAGCCCUCGGACGUGGCCUUCCGUUUCUCCAGUCACUACUGGAUGUCUCCUGCUGCAGAAAGAUAACCGAUAAGGGAGUAAAGGCCAUCGCUUUGGGCUGUAACGAUUUGAGAAAACUCGAGCUUUCCGGUUGCAGAUUGAUAACAAAUGAACUGUUUCGAGCUCUGUCUGACAACUGUUGCCAUCUCGAAGAGCUGGGCCUUUCGGGAUGCACCAACGUAACCGAUUCAGGGCUCUCUGAUCUAGUUGAGGGCUGCCGUUACAUACGGAGUCUCGAUGUCAGCAAGUGCAGCAAGGUAGGCGACGACGGAGUGCUGAGGAUCGCUGGCGCCUGCUCUGCCUCCCUGCAGGCCCUUAAGCUCUUGGAUUGCUACGGUGUCGGCGACAGGUCUAUAAUCUCCUUGGCUGAUUCGUGCCGCAAUCUCGAGACGCUGGUCUUUGGCGGAUGUCGUGAUGUUUCUGAUGAGCCGUUGAAGUCCCUUGUUCUCGCCUUGGGCUGCAGUCUUAGGAGCCUGCGGAUGGACUGGUGCUUAAACGUCAGCGACUCCUCCUUGCUCUGCGUGUUGUCCAAUUGCAGAAAUCUUGUGGCUCUCGACAUCUCGUGCUGUGGUAAAGUAACAGAUUCUGCUUUUGACGGUCUCGCGAUGGGGGGGUUUGAUUCAGGCCUGAAGGUCCUGAAAGUGAGCAAUGUGCCGAGGAUCACAGUCUUGGGGAUCGGCACAAUACUGCAGUGCUGCAAGGUGUUGGAAUACCUCGACCUCAGGUCUUUGCCUCACGUCACGGAAAUUGGGUGCCAACAAGCUGGGUUGAGCUUCCCUAGUUGUUGUAGGGUAAACUUCACUGGUAGCUUAAUGGAGUCCCAUCCGACGGCCGACCUCUACUUUUAAUCGAAGACUUGUACAAAAAAAA